AUGGGCGCCGCGGCCGCUGAGGCGCCGCUCCGGCUGCCUGCCGCGCCCCCGCUCGCCUUCUGCUGCUACACGUCGGUGCUUCUGCUCUUUGCCUUUUCUCUGCCCGGGACCCGCGCGUCCAACCAGCCCUCGGGUGGCGGCAGCUGCGGCGGCGGGGACUGUCCCGGCGGCAAAGGCAAGAGCAUCAACUGCUCAGAAUUAAAUGUGAGGGAGUCUGAUGUAAGAGUUUGUGAUGAAUCAUCCUGUAAAUAUGGAGGAGUCUGUAAAGAAGAUGGAGAUGGUUUGAAAUGUGCAUGCCAGUUUCAGGCUGGCUUCUUCCAAAAAAAUGUUAUUAAUCCUUCUUGGCUUUUCUUCCCAGAUAACGGCUCUGGAUCUGGAGAAGGAGAAGAGGAAGGGUCAGGGGCAGAAGUUCACAGGAAACACUCCAAAUGUGGACCUUGCAAAUAUAAAGCUGAGUGUGAUGAAGAUGCAGAAAAUGUUGGGUGUGUAUGUAAUAUAGAUUGCAGCGGAUACAGUUUUAAUCCUGUGUGUGCUUCUGAUGGGAGUUCCUAUAACAAUCCCUGCUUUGUUCGUGAAGCAUCUUGUAUAAAGCAAGAACAAAUUGAUAUAAGGCAUCUUGGCCAUUGUACAGACACAGAUGAUACCAGUUUGUUGGGAAAGAAAGACGAUGGACUACAAUAUCGACCAGAUGUGAAAGAUGCUAGUGAUCAAAGAGAAGAUGUUUAUAUUGGAAACUACAUGCCUUGCCCUGAAAACCUCAAUGGUUACUGUAUCCAUGGGAAAUGUGAAUUCAUCUAUUCUACUCAGAAAGCUUCCUGUAGAUGUGAAUCUGGUUACACUGGACAGCACUGUGAAAAGACAGACUUUAGUAUUCUCUAUGUAGUGCCAAGUAGGCAAAAGCUCACUCAUGUCCUUAUUGCAGCAAUUAUUGGAGCUGUACAGAUCGCCAUUAUAGUAGCAAUUGUCAUGUGCAUAACAAGAAAAUGCCCCAAAAACAAUAGAGGACGUCGACAGAAGCAAAACCUAGGUCAUUUUACUUCAGAUACAUCAUCCAGAAUGGUUUAAACUGGUGACUUUUAUAUAUACACUGACCAUGUGAUGUACUCUUAUUAUGUCUUUUUUUUAAAGAAUGGAAAUAUUUAUUUCAGAGGCCUUAUUUUUGGACAUUUUUAGUGUAGUACUGUUGGCUCGUAUUUAAAAUAUUCAGCUACAACAGUUUUGGACUGUUUAGUACUUUGUUUUAUGUUUUUAAAUACAGAAUUUGAUUUCAUGAAUUUGUACCACAUGGUAAUUCUAAGACUUGUUCUUUACCCGUGGAAUGUAAUAUUUUUGCAAAGAUGGACCACUUUACAAAUAGUUAUAAAGUCAUACCCACUUCUUCCACAAUGACCACAGGAAAUGACCAAGCAUGAACUAAAGAUAAAGAUGUUUACAGAUUACUUUUCUUACAAAAAAAUUCUAGAAGACACUGUGUUUAAAUAGAUAUUGAAAUGUUUUUGAGAUUUAGUAACUGAUUUUUUAGACACUGCCUAUCGCAUGAACUAUAAAGCUGUUGUGUUAGAUGUAAAAUCUUUACAAGAUGUAUGGACUAGAAUUGGGAUUACUCCUCUCUUUGAAAAAAUAAUUCUAAUAAUAUGAAAACGUUUCUGGUAGUAAUGAUGGAACAGAUCACUGAUAAGUAGAUUUAGAUAAUAUGAAAACAGGCUGUUUAACAAACAGAUUGAAAUAAAGCCUACUCUAUCAGUUAAACUACUUUAACACAUUCCUUUUUAAAGAAAAUAUUUGUUUUAACAAACAAAUUGUAUCAGUGUUUGUGAAUAAAAUGCAAAAAUGAUUGUUAAUGAUUGGUGCUCUUAAAGUGAGACUAAAAAUUAUCUAAGACCUCUAUCCAAAUUUGUCCUCUAGUAAUAGCUGUAUUAAUAGAUUGUUGGUGUUUAAAGAUCAGAAGUGUGAGUAGAAUGUAUUCAGCUGCUUAACACGUAGUUUAGAUAUUCAAAAGUAUGCAUGUAGAAUUUAAAGAAUAUGUUCAAAAUUAAAUAUUAAUUUUAAUAUUUGGUUUGGAAAAGCAUGUUAUAAUAUAAUGUUUUCAUUAUA